AUGGCAGACAACCCCUAUCGGGCCAUCCGGGCAAAGUUCACCGAAAAUACCAUCACUGUUUACCAGGCAUACUCGAAUGAGAUAGCAGAUGCUGCAAUGAGAGCAAGGACCUUUGUCUCCCCCUUUAAACGUGGUCGAAUGACCUGGAUCAAACCGUCAUUUCUAUGGGUCGCAUAUCGAAGUGGAUGGGCAACGAAACCUGACCAGGAGCGAAUUCUAGCAAUCGAGAUUACUCGAUCCGGCUUCGAAUGGGCACUGCGCAAUGCCUGCUUGAGCCACGUUGAUAACUCGCUGUACAGAGACAAAUCAGCCUGGGAAUCGCGCAUGCAAUCCUCCUGUGUCCGGGUUCAAUGGGAUCCUGAACGAGACUUCUACUUCAAUGCUCUCAGCUAUCGCUCGAUACAAAUCGGGUUAAAGGGAGAGGCAGUUGAUCGAUACGUGGAUGAAUGGAUCGUAUCUAUCACGGAUGUCACGGAGCAGAUACGAAAGGUCUCUGAGCUAGUUUCAUCUGGCGAACUGGGUGGAGCUAGAAAGGAAAUGCCGGAGGAGAGACUAUAUGGUAUUCCUGAGGAUGUUGGCGCGAUGAUAGGAGCUUCAUCUGCAGUCAAAAAGCCAACGUUACACCAGACGUGA